GUAUCCUACAGUGACACGUUUCUUUGCCCACCUCUGCCUUUAUUUGUAGAUGACUGACGUUCCAGUGCCGCCGCUCGCGACCCAAGUCAUUCUUGAGGCUUACCUACAAGUGUCGGAAGUUGCAGGCCAACGAGAGUUGGUUGUAAUGUAUGUCGGCGCACUAGGAGAUAACGCAGUCGAGCGAUACGCGAUGUUCUUGAUGUCGCUCGAACUUACCAAGUCUUAGUAACCACAUAUAUUAUCAAGGAAGAAUUACGCACCAGUCCAUCGCACAAAGUCCUUGUGUAAACAGCCAACUCAUUUGUAUGUUCGACAACGCGAUGCAUAAUCAUUCAAUGGAACGGUGCUUGCAGUACUAGUACACAAUGUAAAAACAAAAGUAUCGUGCAGACAUGAUUUGACUAACUGAGAACUACGGACAACAGGGUAUUGAAAGCAAUCAGGAUAACAUAAAAUGCAAACUAGACACCUAUGUGAACAAACACGAUCUGCUGUUCUAGCGGAAUCUUCUUGCGCAACGAUUUCACAGCCUUGUGCAACGCCACC